AUGCCGGUGCAUCCGAUUCAGGGUGCAGUGCAUCUGAUGCGGACGCAGUCCGCUCCUGCUCCGACCCUGGCUCAGUUGCCCGCAUGUACUGAUCAGGGCGAGGACUCCAGACCGAUGGUCGAGCUGCCCAAGCCAGCCGCCUCGUUCCCUCUUCUCCACGUCCGUCGACUGCAGCUACUACUUAAGCUCCUUCUAGCCUCUGCCAGUCUCGUCCUUCAUCUUCGUCCGAAUCGCCUCGUUACCGCAACAUCCGCUUUGUCUAGCAGGCCACUGCCUUCAGCGUACUCUGCUUGGGACUUUAAGCACCUGGGACAUUGUCGCUCCGUGCAGCCUCGUCUCAUCUCUUCCUUGGUCGAAAAGAUGACCACGUCCACCGACCAGAUCCUGUCGCGCAUUCUUGACGAGCUCACCGAGCUCAAGGUCAAGAACUCGCAUCUUGAGGCCAAGGUCGAUGCGCUGCAGAACGCAGCGACUUUGCCCUCGCCGUCGUCGCAGGUUCGUCGUCAGAGCUCGUCCGGCUUUACUGCCCUGGGUGUUCACAGCUUGUCGCCUUCCCAGCCUGCCGACUUUGCCUUCGGCACUUCGCCUCCGCCGCAGCCUUUAGGCCCCCCUGCGCAUCCGCUCGGAGGGCUCCCUCAAACCAACGGACCAAGCCCCAUCGGUACGCCCGACCUUGGCGCCAAGAAACUUCCACCCAAUGGCGCGGCUUCGCCCUCGCAGCCUGCUUCGAGCAGCUCCACGGCCGGCUACUACUCUUCCAGAGUCAUCCUGACCACCUACCCAGGUCAAGUCGGCAUCAAGCCGUUACCGCUCAACUGGGCGUCCGAAGAUCCUCACAAGCGUGGCCCUGUGGUGGCGAGCCGUCAUCCGAACUCGAUUCGCGUCCGCAAUGCCAUCGGAGCUUAUGGAGGUAGCUACUCGGUCUACCGCUCCCUUGCCAUCGCCAUGGGCCAGCUCAACCCCAACCAUCGUCCCGACUACACCAACACCGAGCCUCCCUUUGACAUCCCGCCCAACCCAUCGUGGUUCGAUCCGUCCAAGAUCGUCGCCAUGGAUCCGUGGGGUCACUUGGCGCCUCAGGUGUACAAGUCCGAAUUCGAGUCGGGCGUCGACAUUAGGCCGACCGCAUCGCUCACCAAGGCGCACAUCAAGAUGCCCGAGCUCGACAAGGCGCAGGCCUCCGGCGUUUUCCCCAUCGACGGCAAGAUCGUCGUCAAGAGCAUCCGACUGCCUGGAGUGGCUGAAGAUGUAGACCCAGGCUGCGAGGUGAGCGUCAGCAAGGCGGCCGUUGAUCCGGUCUGGUAUCUUCCUGGUGUUGCUGAGCGACUCGGUGUCACCGAAGGCGCGCUGAGGCGCGCCAUCUUUGAAGAUACGGGAGGAUCGUACCCGGAACUGCUCACCAGACACGACCUCAAGGUGUUCCUCCCGCCCAUCUCGGGUCUGACCGUUUACAUCUUUGGAAGACCAGAGGACCUGCGGGAUCCCACCAAGGAGGUGACGGUGCGUAUCCACGACGAGUGCAAUGGAUCCGACGUCUUCGGCAGCGACAUUUGCACGUGCCGACCGUAUCUGCUCUUUGGCAUCGAGGAGUGCAUCAAGACGGCGCAGCGCGGUGGUGCGGGUGCGGUCAUCUACUUCCGCAAGGAGGGCCGUGCGCUCGGCGAGGUCACCAAGUACCUUGUCUACAAUGCCCGCAAGCGCGGCACGGAUUCGGCGAGCAACUACUUCAAGCGCACCGAGAACAUUGCCGGCGUCAAAGACAUGCGCUUCCAAGCGCUCAUGCCCGACGUGCUGCACUGGCUGGGUGCGACCAACAUCACCAACUGGAUCUCGAUGAGCAACAUGAAGCACGACGCUGCCGUCAACAGCGGCAUCAAGAUCAAGAACAGGUACGAGCUGCCCGAAGAACUCAUCCCUGCCGAUUCGCGCGUCGAGAUCGACGCCAAGAUUCAGGCUGGUUACUUCUCGGCCACCAAGCAGCUCACUGAAGACGAUCUCAAACACACCGUCGGCCGCGCCUGGGAAGACAUCGACCACUAG